CGCCCCCCUUUUUGCUUCCGGUUUCCGGUCUCACUCUCAGGAGGCGGCGAUGGCGGCGGUUCGGGGCCUCCGCAUUUCGGUGAAGGCUGCCUCGGCGUCGUCUUCGGACCCGGAGCCCAUGGAAGUUGAGGAGGGGGAGCUGCCGCUGCAGACUCAAGGCCCCGCCGAGGAGGAGAGGCGGGAGGAGCGGGAGGCGGAGGAGCGAGAGGCCCAGCAGCAGCAGCCCUCUCCCUCUUCGCCGCCUCCUCCUCCGCCGCCGCCGCCGCCUCCGCCGCUCCCUCAGGCCCCGCCGGGCCCCGCCUCCUCCUCUUCUUCCUCGUCUUCCUCCUCCUCGUCCUCCUCCUCCUCCUCUCCGCCGUCGUCCUCGGUGCCGGUGCGGCGCUCGCUGAGGGAACUGCUGCCGGAGACCAGCCGGAGGUAUGAGAACAAGGCCGGCAGCUUCAUCACGGGGAUCGACGUCACCUCAAAGGAGGCCAUCGAGAAGAAAGAACAACGAGCGAAACGGUUUCACUUCCGCGCAGAGGUCAACCUGGCCCAAAGGAAUGUGGCCUUGGACCGAGACAUGAUGAAGAAAGCCAUCCCCAAACUGCGGCUGGACACCAUCUACGUUUACGGUGUUGACGAAAUGAGCACACAGGAUAUCUUUGUGUACUUCAAGGAAUACCCACCUGCGCACAUUGAGUGGCUGGAUGACACCUCAUGCAACGUUGUCUGGCUGGACGAGGUCACAGCCACGCGAGCGCUCAUCAAUAUGAGCUCCAUGCCUGAAGAAGAGAAGAUGAAGCCCCAAGAGAACAGCAGGAAGGUGAUGGGCACAAAUAAGAAAGAGAAACAGGAGGAAAGCUCAGAUGACGAAACGGAGGAGGGAGAGGUGGAGGAUGACCAUCCCAGUGACACAGAGCUGGAUGUGCUGUCUCAAGUGGAAGAAGACUCCCUCCUGCGGAACGACCUUCGCCCGGCCAGCAAGCUGGCCAAAGGCAACAGACUCUUCAUGAGGUUUGCUACCCGAGAUGACAAGAAGGAGCUUGGGGCUGCCAGGAGGAGCCAGUAUUACAUGAAGUAUGGGAACCCCAAUUAUGGGGGCAUGAAAGGCAUCCUUAGCAACAGCUGGAAGCGGAGAUACCAUUCACGGCGACUCCAGCGGGAUGUGAUUAAGAAAAGGACACUAAUUGGGGACGAUGUUGGCCUGACGCCACCAUACAAGCAUCACCACUCAGGCUUAGUCAAUGUUCCUGAGGAACCAAUUGAGGAGGAGGAGGAGGAAGAGGUGGAGGAGGAAGAUGACGAUGACCAGGACAUGGAUGAGGACGAUCGCGUUGUAGUGGAAUACCGAGAUGAGCUGCAGGCUUUCAAACAGUCGCGUGAGCGGAGUGCCUCUCAGCAGUCCAGUGCCAGCGACUCUGACGAAAUGGACUAUGAUCUCGAGCUGAAGAUGAUCUCCACUCCGUCGCCCAAGAAGAGCAUGAAGAUGACUAUGUAUGCUGACGAGGUGGAGUCUCAGCUGAAGAGCAUUCGGAACUCAAUGAGAGCAGACAACGUCGCUUCCAGCAACGUCAAGAAUCGGAUUGGAAGCAAAGGCCCCUCGGAGAAGGUUACUGACGUGCGGCUACUGUUGGAAGAGAAGCGGCUUGGAAAUCCUGGCCAGCUUCAGCCACCUCUGAGCUCUGUGAAAUCAGAUGUCCGGCAGAGGCUUGGCAAGAGGCCGCACUCUCCAGACGUCCCGCACCCAAGUGGCCCCUCUGCCUCUCACCGGGAGCCUGUGUCGGACGUCCACAGCCGGCUGGGAAUCCCCAAGCAAGACAGCAAAGGCCUCUACUCGGAUUCCAGGGAGAAGAAGUUGGCCAACCUGUGGACGCGACUGGGGCCCACGUCAAAGGCAGCAGAGAAGGCUCCCGAGAGAGCGGAGAAGCCCUCCUUGGCCUCCGCCUCCGCCGCCUCUCCCGAAGAAGAGGACUCUGAGCUGCAGCGGGCGUGGGGGGCCCUGAUCAAGGAGAAGGAGCAGUCCCGCCAGAAGAAGAGCCGCUUGGACCACUUGCCCUCGCUGCAGAUCGAAAUCAGCCGGGAGAGCAGCUCCGGGUCGGACACUGAGUCCUGAUGGCCUUCCCAGGGGACAGCCCUGGCACAGCAAGGCUGUGGGUGGCACCGCCUGGCCCUGGGCCUCUGCGCGCCCGUGCUCCCCAGAAAGCCCCUGCGGUUUUGUAGAAGACAUGUGUGUCCUUGAGGUUCCCCUUGUAUCCCUUUCAAAAGUGACAGUGCAGGGUGAGCGCCUGUGUGUCUGUGUGCGUCCAGCGCCCCUUGCCCUGGACUGCCUUUGUCUCUCUGGAGCCCCUUCCGGCGGAGGCAGCCGUGCCAAGGCCCCCCCCUCCUCCUCCUCCUGGACCCUGGACUCUGCUCCCUGGCUUCCCCUGAAGAGGAGGACUCAGCUGCAGGAGGCAGGGAGGGAGGCUGCACAUACCACCCACCCAGGAGGUGCUCUUUGUUGUUGGCCUGUGUAACGCUGGAGGAAGGCAGCAGUGGGAACGGUGGUUUUUCUAUCUAUAUAUACAUCCGUAUACAUCUAUGGGAA